AUACUGUUGUGUGGAUCAAYUUUGUGUGGAAAAAGGUUCAGAAAAUGGUAUUUGCUGUUGUUGGAAACUGGCUGAAGACGGCCUGGGUAACUCAACCAAUAAUAUUUGUAUCUUGUGCUUUGGGAUUUUUUGGACCUGCAUUUGUGUAUCUCAGUCCUCUUACAAAAGAUACAAUAGAGUCAAUGAAGUCAAUACCUGAACAUUARCCUUAUCCACAACUUCAAGAAUCAAGUGAACAAUCAGAUAACGGGGAACCUGUAUAUCCAAACUCACCUUAGUCUAGAUGAUAUUACCAUGAUCAGCUGUACAUUAAUAGAAUUCAUUGCUUGUAAUAUUUUAAGUUGACAUCUCUAUCGAAUUGUUUUGAAAGUGUAAAAUAAAAAACACAUUGUUUGCA